UAGUAAUAUAGUUCGCUUACCAGCACUGCUUCCAAUAGAUGGCGUAACAACAAAGAGCAUUAAUAGAUUGCUCAAUGAUUAUAAUAAAAUAAUAAUGGAAUUAAGUUAGUUACAAAGUGCAAACACAAUAACAAUAUGGCUGGCAUUUAUCCCAGAGAGGCGGUACGCGUCAAAGUUAAGAAAAAUGAAGCCACCAGACCGCCAGAAUGGCGUAAAUUCUCUGUGGAUCCACAAAUCACCACAUUGGAGGUACUCUACUCAUUGUUGGCGAAGGCCUUUGACAUUAAAUCUGACUUUGCCAUCAAGUACAAGGCCUUCGAUCCAGCUGGCAAUGAAAUCUAUCUUGCUGUGCUCUCCGAUUGGGAUUUGGACGCUGCAUUUCUUCGCAUACACAAUAUAUCCAUACAAACCUCCUCAGAACCGUGUCUAAUGCUGCAAAUCGAUGUAAAACCCUUUACCGUAGUGCGUGAAUGUGACACAAGCAACGACACAAGCGCUUCGGAGCGCCGAGUCUCCAGCAACAGCUCUGCAUCCUUGUCCGCUAGCGUCUCGCCUCUGCAGUCUCUGGGCGUCUCGCAGAAGUAUGUACAACAUAUGCAAACAAAACUGCCGGGCCUGAUUAUGAAUCAAAUGGAAAAGACCUUUUCCAUAGUGCAGAAGGCCUUCAAUCUAUCCGACGAGCACAUGGCCAAUUUGCCCCCACGUCCGCCCAUGUGUGACAGUGAGUUUCGUUUAUUCCUCGAUGCGUUGGGACAGAUUCAGCGCAACGAUGAGCUGCGCAAAAUUAUCUUUUUGGGCGGAAUUGAGCCCAGUUUGCGACGUGUUGUCUGGAAGCACUUACUCAACGUGUAUCCCAGCGGUGUGCAUGGCCUGCCCAUGGAUGGGCAUCAGCGUAUGGAGUUUAUGCGUCGCAAAUCGGAGCAAUAUUGCAAGCUGCGCGAUACGUGGAAGACGGCGGUGCAACGUGGCAAUGUGGCCGGUGAGCUAGCGUAUGUGACGAGCAUGGUGAAGAAGGAUGUGCUGCGCACGGAUCGAUUGCAUCCGUUCUAUGCAGGCAGUGAUGACAAUCAGAACAUUGCGUCAUUGUUCAACAUACUGACCACAUAUGCACUGAAUCAUCCGGUGGUCAGCUAUUGCCAGGGCAUGUCAGACAUCGCAUCACCGCUGCUCGUCACCAUGAAUGACGAGGCACAGGCCUAUAUUUGCUUCUGUGCGAUCAUGGCGAGAGUGCGGGGUAAUUUUAUGCUCGAUGGCGUUGCCAUGACACAGAAGUUUGCCCAUCUCACGGAGGCAUUGAGUUUCUAUGAUCCGGAAUUCUGGGAGUAUCUCAAAUCGCAGCAAGCAGAUGAUUUGUUGUUCUGCUAUCGCUGGUUGCUGUUGGAGUUGAAGCGGGAGUUUCCCUUCGAAGAUGCGCUGCGCAUGCUGGAGGUGCAAUGGAGCUCCUUUUGCUAUGACAACAAUGGCACCAAGGAAUUGUCACUUUUCGAUAAGGAAUUUGUGCCUGUUGCGGAGGCUUCGGCGCCGAAUAGUGCGAGCACUUUCUCAACCUCGUACAGCGCCACUCCAACAAGUCCUUCGUAUCUGCUGACCAAGCCACGAGAGAAUCCUUAUACCAAAGUGUGCGCAUUGCGGCGACAAAGCUCCUCGGCAUCGUUGAGUUCACUCAGCUCCUCGUUGGGUACAACAGCUGGCGGCAAUAAUGCGCUGGACAACUCGAAGCGACUGAAUCACAGUCUGGAUGACAAUAUGUCACGGCAUGCAGCGCGUCGACAGCGACGCGUCUCGUCCAAGGCACAUCAGAGCUUGGAUGAGUCGAAAAUGUUGGCUCUAAUCGAAGGUGGCGUUGCCGAAAGCAAUGCGAAGUCAGUGCAGGAAUUGUCGGCUAGCGAGGACACCGAUGACGAUGUGUUUGAUCGCAAGGAAGAGUUGUUGUCAGCAUCGCCGCCGCAGUUCCAUGAAACGAAUCCCUUUAAGGAUGACGCACUGCAACCGAAUCAUAACAAUAAUCCGAAUGCCGCACGCGCCUUUUUAAGCAGUUCGUCUUCGUCAUCCAAUCAGCUGGAGGGAGCAAAGGAGAGGGAGAGUAGUAUGGCCGAUAGAAAGGCCCAAGGCUUGGCCAAGUUGCAGCAGAAGAGCAUUCUCAAUGUAAGCAAUAUCAUUGCCAAGCAAUUGGCAUCCAAUGCCACCACAGUCAGUGAAAGCGUCAAACGCGUCAGCACCACAAGCGGCGGUCAUUUUAAGGAUCUCAAGGAGAAAAUUGCGGCCACCAGUCGCAUGGGCAUGUCAUUUGAUGGCGGCGGCGGUGGCGACGAUAGCACCACUAAUAAGACGCCACCCAAACUGGUCAAGAACUUUAACGAAUUUCUCAACUUUGCAACGAUUAACAAAAAUCGCAUUUCGGAUCGUUUGGCAACGCAGCUGCAAAUCAGCGAAAAGCCACAGCAGCAAAUACAACAACUGCAACAGCACAUCAGCAAACCAGUGGUGCAGUUGACCAAGAGCGGACAUCUGGGGAGUUCGCUAGAUGAAUCCGAUUCCUCGUCCAUUCCCGAGACCAGCUGGAGCGCCUCAACAGCAGCCACAGCCAUUCAACAGGCGCAGGAACUUAGUAGCUACAGUCUACAGCUCGAUCUCAAUGCACAGCAACCAGAAGAAAGCACACCCGAUCAGGAUCAAGAUCAAGAGUAUUAUCCCAUGACAAACGCCAUAACGCGUGAACUUCGACUUGAGGCUGAGAACUUGGAUCGUCAAGUGUUUGGACUGCCGUUUACGGAAAAGCAAAUACCCGUCACUGUUGUCGAUGACAUUGAGUACGAGAAACUCGACAAGGACACACUCGACAUGGUCGACGAUCUGAAGGAGAAUGAGAUUAUCACCUGCCCCGAUGUGAGUGAGUUGCACAUGCGACGACGACAGCGUUUGACUGCCGCUAAAAGCAACAGCGUGCAACCACCUGAUACGCACACGGCAAACCCCUUCAUCGAGGACAAUUUGCUCUUGGAUGGCAGCGGCGGCGUCAUGCGCAACAGCAGCAGCAUGCCCGAGGUCAUAAUGCCCAUCUCAACGGAACCCAAUCGUGUGGCAGCACCCGCCAUGGUGGAGAUUGCAACGAAUGCGGACGAUGAGAGCGCCUACACAUCCUACUCACGGUCACCGAAUCGCGCCACUUCCUCGCCAAUGAACGGAUUGAAUAGUUCGGCAGCAGCAUUGCCGCCGCCCAGUGAAUUUGGUGGUGGCAAUGCGUUCCUGAUGUUUCUCUGCCUGACGCUGUUGCUGCAACAUCGCAACACGAUCAUAAAGGCGGCCAUGGAUUACAAUGAGAUUGCGAUGCACUUCGAUAAGAUGGUGCGCAAACAUGAUGUGACCCGUGUGCUCAAUCAGGCCAGACGCAUGUACUCCGAGUAUCUGCAGGCACAACGUAGAGAACCGCGGAGCAGCAGCAGAGGCGCUAGCAACACUACAGAAGCCACAAACUAGUCGAAGAAUUGUUAACGAAUUUGAUGAUGAUGAUGAUGAUGAGAAUCCAGCACGUACUUGUUGAAAUUAUGUAUUGCUCACCAAAGUUUUAAUUUGUAACUAUUAUUUUGUUAUUUGCCAAGCCGAACAAACCAUAAAUGGUUAUGUUGCCAAACGUAUCUCUGAUUUCCCUAUUCGAUUUUAUUUCAUUUGUAUCUCAACAGCAUUUUCUUCACACAAAAAAUGUACUUAUGAUAGAGAGAAUGAUAGCGCAAAGAAUCUGUAUUCAAUUCGCUUACAAUUUCCAAGAACACAAACGAAGAGUCUUAAACUAAACCAUUUACUUAAUGUAUAUCUUAUAACUUUUAACUAUAACUGUAACUACUAUAGCCAUUUCGGUAUUAUUGUCUCUAAAAUCUCUUGUUCCAUUGAAGACAUCAUUUUGUAUAUUAUCGGAAGAUAGGAAUUUAUUUUUAAUAAUAAUUAUGUACUUAUUGUCUUUAUAUUUAUGUAUGUAAAGUUAAAGCAAAAUGCAAUUUUAAACAAUCGCUAA